UUUCAAGCCCGAGAGAGAGAGAGACAGAACAGAAUCAUCUUAAGAAAAAGCGAACAACUUUUAAAAAUGGAUCAGAUCGAAUCUGUGGAGUACAACGGCUUCGAGAUCUCCAACGGCCACGUCGACCACGGCUGGAAGAAAGUCGUCUACCCGAAACGCAACCGCAAGCAGAAACCCGCCGAUCAAACGGCGACUAACGGCGGCAAAAAUGCAGCUAACGGCGAUAACGUGUUCCGUUCGCUGGAGGAGCAAGCCGAGGAUCGGAGGAGACGGAUCCUCGCGGCGAAGAUGGCUGUUUCGGAUUCGGAUGAGGACGAGUCGAGAUCUAAACGCCGAUCCAACGGUUACGGUUUCGACGACAGCGAGGACGAGAUCGCGGCGAGGAAGGAGGCGGAGGAGGAGAAUGUGAAGGCGGCGGAGGAGGCUAAGAAGAAGAAGGCGAAGGCGAAGAAGGAGAAGAAGCCGAAAGUGUCGCUGCCUGAAGCUGCGGCGAAGAUCGAUCCGUCGAAUCUCGAAGCUUUCCUCAUCGAAGCAUCGGAAUCGUAUGCGAGUCAGCCGGAGAUUCAGCUGAUGAGAUUUGCUGAUUACUUUGGGAGAGCGCUCUCCGGAGUCUCUUCUGUGCUGUUUCCAUGGGUUAAGAUGUUCAAGGAGUCUCCUUUGUCCAAACUCAUCGAUGUUCCGUUGUCUCAUGUUCCGGAACCGGUCUACAAAACAUCAGUUGAUUGGAUCAACCAACGUCCUAUUGAAGCUCUUGGAUCUUUUGUGUUGUGGGCGUUUGAUUGUAUUCUCACGGAUUUGGCAGCACAUCAAGUAGGAGGUGCUAAAGGUGGGAAGAAAGGUGCUCAACAGCAUACUUCUUCCAAGUCUCAGGUGGCGAUAUUUGUUGCAUUAGCGAUGGUGUUGCGUAGGAAACCUGAUGCUUUGACUAAUGUAUUGCCUACUCUGAGAGAGAAUCCUAAGUAUCAAGGCCAGGACAAGCUUCCUGUCAUCGUUUGGAUGAUGGCUCAGGUUUGUGUUUAUUUGUUGUCUCCUUAGGACCAAAAGUGUCGGAAUGAUCUUUGUUC